GUGUAUUGAUACAAAGUGUUUUGAGUAGUUACUAUCUCUUUUUUCAUUCAUUUUUUCGUGAUAUUUAAUUUUAAAAUGACCUUAAAUGAGGUCAAAUCUGUCUGAGCUAAAUUUAAAGGAUUCACAUAUAUCAGGAAUUUAUUGGUGGAGAUAUCAAUGUAUGGUUGUAAAUAAUUUUCGUUUACUGCAGUUUUAGUAGACGUGCAUUGUAGAUAUUAUUAAUAUCAAAUAGUUUACUUUAACUUUAAGAAGUAUCAAAGUCGAUUUAAUUAUAGACCAACUGUAAAUGAUUGAUCUCGGAGUAAACAAUUAGUUGGAAAAGUUAAAGAAAAAUGAUGUUCAAAAAUGUAUAUGAGAUUUAUACAUGUUGUUUGUUAUUAGUUUAUUUUAUACACUUUGGAAUAACACAAAAUGUAGUUAGUAUUGAAGGUGAAUGCUUGGAAAGUACUGUAGAGAAUAAGGAAAACAACGCUGAUGUUGUUGUUUCAGCUAAAGUUUUGGAAUUAUUUAAAACCAGAAGAAAAACUACUUAUUCAGCAAAUAUUCAGAUAAAGAGAGUUUUCAAAGGAGAUGAGAUAAUUAUGAGUAUACCUCACUUAAAAGUGUCGCACCGUAGUAUUACCGGAAAUUAUAACAAGGUUGUCAAAUUGACGGGGCUUGGAACUAGCGAUAUAUGUCACAGCGACGUUAUGAAAGGAGAUUCUAAAAUAUUCUUUUUGGAUUAUAGUGUGAAAGCUCGUGCUCUGAAAGUGAUGUCAUCAGUUAUGCCAAUCUCGAUGUACAAUCUCAAACGUGUAGAAGCAGCCGUGCGCAAUUUUGUAUUUGACGAGCCUCCACCAUCUAAAUCACCAUGUCUGGGACAUUUCUGUGCCUUCUAUGCCACUUGUCAAGUCAAUGAGACUUCACAGCAGCCAUAUUGCCAGUGCCUAGAUUCCUGUGAGGACGAUCUCGUAUACCCUGUAUGUGGUACAGACGGACAGACAUACAGUAAUGAGUGCCAGCUGAAGCUAGCAAGUUGCUACAGACAGAGGCGCAUCAAAGUGCAGUAUGAAUCAAUUUGUCACGAUCCUUGUGAUGGUAUAAAGUGCAAAGGCAAUGAGGUUUGUCAGUUAGAUAAAGACCGUAAAGCUGUAUGCCAGUGCGAAACAUCAUGUGACGAUGAGAUAGCUUCUGUAUGCGGGAGUGAUGGGAAAACGUAUGGUAAUCAGUGUCUCCUGAGGCAACAGGCCUGCCGUCUUGGGCGAGACAUCACCCCGCUGUAUGACGGAAAAUGUAUAGGUACCGAGGAUCAGGGACCAUGUAGGGAGGUGGAAUGUGAACAUGAUGCUGAUUGCAUUGUUCGAGAUGGCAGACCAAAGUGUGAGUGCCCAUCCUGCAGGUCAGAGCCUUAUGACCCGAUAUGUGGUGACAAUGGUGUUUCCUAUGACAAUGAUUGUGAAAGAAGGAAAGAAAAUUGUGAACAGGGUAAAAGAACACAAGUUGAACACAGAGGACUUUGUAUGUACUGUAAAAAUGACAAAGACGUUUGUGAGUUUUACUCAAUGUGUGAAACAUCUGAUGGUCAGCAUAGAUGUGUGUGUCCAAGAAAUUGUGCAAAGUCUAAUUCUAAAGUGUGUGGUACGGAUGGCAAGACAUAUGACAGUGAAUGUGAGCUGAGGGUGGCAUCAUGCAAGAAUAAGAUGCAUAUUUACCAAGCAUCUUUUGGUGACUGUGUUGACUGUAAUGGCGUACAUUGCAAGUACGGAUCAGACUGUGUCCAGGGCCUGUGUGUCUGUCCACAGAUUUGUCCGAGUGGGUACCAGUCUGUUUGUGCUAGUGAUGGGAAGACAUACAGGAACGAAUGUGAAAUGCGGAAAGAGGCUUGCCGAUUGAAUAUAGACCUUGAAGUAAUCAGGGGCGGUGACUGUCAUGAUAGCAGCAUAUCUGGGUCGGGAGAAGGUUCAGGGUCAGACUGUGAGGAUAGUCUUUGUGAACAGUAUGGUGGAACAUGCUACCUUGAUAUGGACGGAAUCUCCAGAUGCUCCUGUAGUUUUAGCUGUGAUGCUAUUAGAUCUCCAGUGUGUGGCUCGGAUGGUGUGACAUAUGGAAACAAAUGUGAGCUGCAGAAAGCUGCCUGUGACCAACAAAAACAAAUCAUUGUGCAAUCUAUGGACAGUUGUGAUGAUAUGGACGAAGUUUUAUGCGAUGGCCUUAGUCCAGUGAUAGAUUCUGUGACAGGCAUUCCAUACCAGUGUACAGGUGGCCAUGACUGUCCAUCAGGAAGUUACUGCCAUGUGCAAUACAGGAAGUGCUGCAAUGAAGAGCGUUUAUCGGACACCUCCUACAUUCGGGACUGCACAGAGAGUGCUUACGGAUGUUGUGAUGAUCAGCUGACUUUUUCUCCAGGACCUGACAAAAGUGGAUGCCCAGGAUAUCAAAAGUCUGAUCAGUGUCAGUGUAAUCCAAUGGGGUCUUUGAGCACAACCUGUAAUCCGGGGACUAAGCAGUGCACCUGUAAACCAGGGGUUGGAGGCUUACACUGCGAUAGAUGUUUACCAGGAUACUGGGGUCUUGCGCUGAUUCAAGAGGAUGGAAACCCUGGCUGUAUGCCAUGUAAUUGUGAUCCUGUGGGAGCGAGUCGUAAAGAUUGCCAACAGAACACAGGCAGGUGUCUUUGCAAUAGGGGAUAUGAUGGUCACAAAUGUGGACGAUGUAUAGGCACAGGGAAGUCACCUGGCAAGAUGGGUUGCGAAGGCGCAUUUAAACCAGAGUUUUAUGAUGGUGGACAAACAAAGUCAUGCGGGGAGCUCAUUUGUUACUUUGGUGCCACUUGUUCCGACCAAUUUACCAUCCCACAAUGCUUCUGUGACUAUAAUUGUCCAGAGUAUGAUUUCCCAACCACUGGUUAUGUGUGUGCCAGUAAUGGUCUGACCUACUUAAGUGAAUGUAGUUUGAAGAAAGACGCUUGUCUGAGGCAAGAGGACAUUCGAAUUGCUUACCAUGGACCGUGUAAAGAUGUUCUCACCCUUGGUCCUACAGAUGUUCCGUACACACCACGAUCACGCAAGACAACACGACACAUACAGGCUAGUAACUACAUGACACCUAAAAAGCCAAGUCCUACACCAGGCUCACCGAUAUAUAUAAAUGUGGACUUCUCAAAAUAUGGUAGAAUAGGAGACCUGUGUUUAGAGGACAGCUACUGUUUCAUACCUCACAGUCAUUGUUACCUGGCUCUGUGCCAGUGUGAUGACGGAUAUAUACCUACAUAUGGAAACACUCGGUGUUCAAAGGUGGUUCAAGAAAAUACAGAUGAAGUUAUUCCAGAUGAAAUAAACACAUGUACACUGAAUCCCUGCUUACACUCUGGUGUGUGUAAACUUGAUGAUAACCUUGGGUACCGGUGCUUGUGCAGGCUUGGUAGAAAAGGAAACAUAUGCAACAAAAGAAAUUCAUUCACAACCCCAUCAUUUUCUGGAUCUUCAUAUCUUACACUACAGCCUCUAGGAAACAUUACAGAAGAUUUCUAUCUCGACAUUGCCUUUCACACCUUCAACCGUGAUGGUAUUCUACUGUUCAGCUCACAGAACGAAGAUGGGACGGGACAGUUUAUCUCGAUAGCAAUCAGUGGUGGUUAUGUAGAGUUUAGGUAUGAUACAGGCAACGGACCAAAACAAAUACGUCAUCCAUAUGAAAUCUCAAAGGAUGAAGUCCAUCAGAUUAUAGCCAAGAAAAUGGGCCAGAGCGCAAUGCUGAUUGUCGAUAAUAUGGAACCAGUUGCGGCUGUAACCAUUACUACUGAAAGUUAUUUAGACUUGUCUGGUAGAUUGUAUCUAGGCUAUUUACCACAAAAUCUAAGCUUCUUAUCUGAGAAAGUUGGUGUGAACCAAGGUUUUGUUGGUUGUGUGGAAAGUCUCACAGCAGGACAUAUGGACAUGGCUAGGAUAUAUAACUUGGAUUACCCAAGUUCUUCUUCGCAAAUACUAGAAGGUCUAGAUGCUGGUCCAUGUGAGGAAAACCCAUGCAGAAGUUUGCCAUGUAAAAACGGGGCCACAUGCAUGAUGCUAAACAAAGAUAUUUACCAGUGUCAAUGCUUUAAAGGCUACACAGGAUUAGACUGCGAGGCCCCGAUAGAUAUAUGCACAAAUUCACCAUGUCACCCAAGUGCCACAUGUAGUCUAGGAGAAUCUGGAGAGAUUUUGUGUCAUUGUCCAGAAAACAGAGAAGGGCAGUAUUGUGAAUAUGAGAAAUUAGCUGAAAUCGAGGUACCAGAAUUCCGUGGUGACUCCUAUUUAGUGUUACCUAUAUCAGAUAACCUGUCAACUCAGACCAGCAUAGAAGUGUGGUUCCUAACAAAAUCAGUAAACGGAAUGUUAUUGUUUGCAAGUCAGUACCUUGGCGGCAGUGGUGAUUUUCUUUCAUUGAAUAUUGAUGACAGAUUUGUAGAACUAAUAUUUGAUUUAGGGAACUCCCCUGUAGUGAUUAGGAGUUCAACACGACUGAGGUUGAACAAAUGGCAUAAAGUAACUGUGAGGAGAACAUCUAAAGAUGCAGAGUUGAUAAUUGAUGAUGGAUUGCCAAAUACAGGCUCAUCUCAGGGAGAUCUUACAGGACUACAAUUUACUGGCAGUCUCUAUGUAGGUGGUUUUAAAGACAAAAGUGAUCUACCACCAGCAUCUCAAAUAACGGACAGAUUGAAAGGUGUUAUUCAGAGGAUUUACAUCAAUGGCAAAUUGAUUGAAGAGCCAAUGAGUUCUGCCCUAGAGAUGUUUCACGUGUCACAGUACACUGGACCACCGUGUCAGAUGAACCCUUGUAUGAAUGGUGGAGUCUGUGUACCUAAACUCGACAAAGUGGACUGUAAAUGUCCAAAACGAUUUAUUGGACAGUGGUGUGAAAAAGUGGCAGAAAAUUUAGAGACAAGCCUUCCUGUUAGAUUUGAUUCUGAAACAUAUCUUCAGUAUUCUAAUGAAAUCACUUCAAGCCAACCGGCACAGAAAUUGAACAAGUAUCAGUUCCGAUUCCGUACUCAUCAGUUAAGUGGUUUAAUGAUAUUCCAAGGCCAGGGACCAACUGUCAGUGACUAUAUUGCUUUAGUGAUAAGUGAUGGCUAUGUGGAAUUAGGAUACAACCUCGGCAAACAGACUAUAAACAACCUUCUAAGAGCAAGGUCCUCUGUGUUCGUCAGUGAUGGUGAAUGGCAUACUGUGCAUGCUGAAAGGGACCACAGACAAGGUAGUUUGCAGGUUGACAAAGAACCUAUGAUUACUACUGUCUCAGAUUCUGGGGCAACACAACUUGAUACUGACGGCAUGUUAUGGAUAGGAGGACGUUCUGAUCUUCCAUCAGGUUUACCACAAGACUAUUAUAAAGGCUUUAAAGGUUGUCUCGGUUUUGUGUUUAUACUUGACAAACAUUUACAUCUUUAUGAUCACAGAAAUGGACUCGGUAGUAUCAUGGAAUUUUGCCACUGACAGAUCAUCAUUUAUAAAACAUAAAUCAUCAACUCAAAUAAAACAGCAAAACAAAAAUGGUUGUGGCGAGUAUGAAUUAAAUGGGCUUUCUAAACAAGUAUACAUAUAGUUCAUAUAGCAUUAGCAUAGUGAACAUUCUUAGUGACGGAUUGAACGGCCUAAUGUGAUAUUUGUUGGCUCAAUAAAGGUUUUAGAGGAUGAUGGAGCAAGUGAAAUAAAAAUGAGCUUCUUGGCUGCAGUGUUGGAAUAAGAAUGAAUAAUGGCACGUGAAAGUAUGCAUUAACAGUUUAAACUAAGAUAUAAGAAGGUUUGCGUUUUUAUACUUUUACAGCCAUCUUUACAUGCAGGGUUUAAAUCUUUCAUUUGUAAUGCAUCGGAGAUGGCAAAAUUUAGAACAUUAGUAUUUUUCCAAUAGAUUAGGCUUUCAGAUCCAGUAUUUAUGAGCUUGGUUAACUGAAAUAUAAGCACUUAACUUGUAGAUUUAUAUGAGGGAAGAAAUAUGGAUAAAUAUUGAUUGAUAUUUUUUAAAAUAUGUAGACAUUUACAACACAUAGAGGUGAUACUAGAACUCGCAACCUCACUACUAAAACUAUAUUUUAUAUAUGAUACUAUGUUUAAACUUAAGUUAUGUGUUUUGCAACUCCAUGUAUCUGUUUAAUACAAACAUUUAGUAUUUGUACACCUCAUUUAAAGAAUUAUUAUCUUUCAGAAAUUUCAAGUAGUCAGUUGGACAUGUAAAUUAACACUUGGCAAUGGCAUAUCUAAGGUGAACACCACUAAAUCAGGUCGUAUUAAGCUCGACUAUUCAAAGAAUAGGUAGAGCUAAUGGACUCGCUCAUGCGUCGCCGUCCACGUCGGCACCGGCGUCUCGAUUUGGUUAAGUUCUUUUGUAGGUAAGCUGGUAUCUCAUAACCACUUUUGGGAAUGGAUUCGAACUUCACACACUUAUUCACUGUGAUAAACUGACUUGUGCAGCACAGGAUUUGUAACUCCGCUUUGCUUUUUUUACAAACUUAUGCCCCCUUUUCGAUUUAGAAAUCUUUGGUUAAUGUUUUGUAUGUAAGCUGGUAUCUCAGAACCUACUAAUGGGAAUGGAUUGAAACUUCACACACUUGUUCACUGUCAUAAUCGGACAUGCAGCUCGCAGGUUUGCAUUUUUACAAAAUUAUGCCUCUUUUUCGACUAAGCAGUUUUUGGUUAAAGUUUUGUAUGUGAGCUGGUAUCUCUGUACCCACUAAUAGGAAUGGGUUGAAACUUAACACGGGGCCUCUGUGGCCGAGUGGUUAAGGUCGCUGACUUCAAAUCACUUGCCCCUCACCGAUGUGGGUUCGAGCCUCACUCGGGGCGUUGAAUUCUUCAUGUGAGGAAGCUAUCCAGCUGGCUUACGGAAGGUCGUGGUUCUACGCAGGUACCCGCUCGUGAUGAAAUAAUGCACGGAGGGGCACCUGGGGUCUUCCUCCACCAUCAAAGCUGGAAAGUCGCCAUAUUACCUAUAAUUGUGUCGGUGCGACGUUAAACCCAACAAAAUAAAAAAUAAAAUGAAACUUAACACACUUGUCCACUGUCAUGAGCUAAUAUGCACUGUGCAGGUUGUAUAACACUGAUAUGUAUUUUUACAAAAUUAUGCCUUUUUCGACUUUUAUAUUCAUUCAAUUGACAAUGUUUUAAUGUUCAGUGACAUUGUAUAACAAAUAUUUUCCUGUUCUGUUUAUUGUUAUGUAGUUUUCAGGUUGUGAAUCUAAUGCAUUUUUUGUAGAAUUCCUAUACUAGUUUUUAAAGAUCUGAAAGGUCAUAUCCUUUAGAAGUAUAGAUUUUAUCAAGCAAAAUAAUAGCAGAUUGAUUGAGCUUGUUUAUGUGAGAUUAUGGGAAACGAAAUCAACAUUGAACAGACUCAAGGAUGAUAGCGGAAGAUAUGAGAAUGUCUAACCACAAAAUACCUUUUACAGUCAACAUUAGUCACUUUAAAGACUAUUUUUGUGUCAGUUGCAGGCAAACACCAUAAUUGCAGACUAUGUUACUUUAUAUCCACAAUUAAACUGUCUACAAUGUAUUCAUUUCUUACAUAUAUGUUUGGAAUUACCAGAUUGUUAGACGUAUCAGCACUGAAAUCUGUGAUGCCAAUUGUACGUUUUUUUUUGUAUUAAGCAUUUAAUUCCACGCUCCUUAAUUGUUAUAUUGUAUAUAUAAUUUCAGCCAACUUUGCAUUCCUUUAAAAUGUAAUUCAUUGCUAUAAUUAUUUGAAAAUGUUGUACAUAUAAUGUCAAACUUUCGUCCUUGUGAAUUAUAUGGUCAGCUUUGUAUUUAAUGCUUAAUCUACCGAAUCCGUAUACCUUGUUUGUUGUGAAGUGUCGAUUAGGUAUGCAAGAAUCUGAUAAAAAUUUACGUCAUUUUAUUUUAGAUUUCCGGAGUGAUGUUUAGAAAUAUUAUUUGAAAAUGUAAAUUUUAUGGCCAAUAUGUACUUACUAUGUGUAGGCGUAUGGAACAUUUCUAUAAAUAAGGAAAUUUUAUGAAGUUAUUACACGUACAUACUGCUUUAUAUCUCUGUAAAAGAAGUGAUUUUUGGUCUAUUAGAGUUACCCUACGGUAAUUCUGCCGGUCGUCUAGUCACUUUUUAAAACGUUUGUUUUCUAGUUCGUCUUCAGCGGUUUCAGUUUUCAUUUUGAAGUGUAGAUGUUUCAAUAAAUACAUUUUAGUUUAAGUUGAGGCAAGUUAGAGUGAUUAUCCUUUGGAUUAAGCUGCAUUAUCUCUGGUAAAAAUAAAAGUGCAGUGUAAUUUAACAAUGAUAGUGUCAUUGAUAUCUCCAGAUUCUUUAUUUUUUUCGUUUGCAUCACUUUAAAAAUACAAAAUAGUUACAUGUAUACAAUUGUUUAAUUGUUAUGUUUUAGAGAAGGAGUAUUUGGCGUUACCGGUGACUUUGUUUACUUCAUAACAACUUAAGUAAUAAAAAAUGAACUAAAUUGAAUUUAAUGCUGGAUAUAGUGAAAGGAUUUUGUCAAGUCUUAUGCAUUGACGUUUUAAUAAUAGCCCUGGUCAGACAUAACUGUUACAGAUUAUAUUGUACUAUCGAUAUUAUUAUAAAAAUGUCAUUUGUUAAUAUAUAUGUAUUGAUUUCUAAUUAAAACAAUU